AUGCCUCUUACACGAACUCACCAUCAAUCUGCCCCCCGUCGCUCCAUGUUCAGCUCUCGCCGACGUACCCCAGCCCGCACUCACCAUCACACCACAACUAGAACCACCACCACCACAACUACCAGAAAGCCUCGACGAGGCAUGUUUGGUGGUGGCUCUGCUGGACGACGUACCCAUGGUGCCGGUGCUGCCCCUGUCCACCAUCACCAACGCCGACCUUCUGUGAAGGACAAGGUCAGCGGUGCUCUUCUCAAGCUCAAGGGCAGCUUGACUCGCCGUCCAGGCGUCAAGGCUGCUGGAACCCGACGUAUGCACGGUACCGAUGGCCGUGGUGCUCGUCACCGCCGCUACUAG